AUGGGCAGAACUAGUCUGGCUUGCUCCAGCCGUCUGCAGAUGAGCUGGAUGGGAGUGCAGGAGAGGGCAAGAGGUUUUGGUCCCUUCAGACAAUACCUGGUUAAUUCUAGCUGGGAAGCAGUGAAGGAGCUGUCCAAGAGAGACCUUGGUGAAAACAUUGAUCUCCAGAUCAUGCAGCUGCCAGUGGUUUACCGAAAAGCAAAGGAGCAAGUCUGCAAGAUAUGGACAACCCUUCAGCCACUGCUUACAGUUCAUGUUGGGCUGGCUUCGUCCACCACAGCACUCAUCAUCCUGGAGCAGUGUGGGAAGAACAAAGGCUACCAGGAGAGGGAUGUGUGUGGCUUUCACCCAGAAGGUGCCUGCUGCGUGCUAGAUGGCCCAGAAAAGAUUGAAUCUACAAUUAAUAUGAAGAGUCUCUGGAAAAAUGUCUCAGUGGAAGGGAUUGAUAUCAUCCUUUCCAGAGAUGCAGGAAGGUACAUCUGUGAUUACACCUACUACACUUCUCUGUAUUAUGGCAAUGGAAGAGCUGCUUUCAUCCACGUCCCUCCAUUAUCUGAGUCGGUAACAGCAGAAUUUCUAGGAAAAGCAUUACAGACCAUUAUCUUAGCAAUGUUAGAACAGUGUGGGGAACAAAGAGAGAUGGAUCACAGAGGGAAAAAAUGAGGAUUUCUUAGAAUGCAAUUCCUUACCUCUGAAAUGAAGCAGAUUUAAAGAUUAUUUAAAACCCACACACAAAGGAUUUUAUA